CAGAGUGACCGUAGUCUUGUUGAUACAUCAAACAAAGCACGCAGUUCGGAAAUUCAUUUCAUUUUUCGUCAAUUUAACAAUUAAACGCAUAACUAGCUAGUUGAAAAUGACCACAGCAGCGCGCCCGACCUUCGAUCCAGCCCGCGGAGGCUCCGGUCGCGGCGAAAAGGAUCUGAGUGCACUGAGCAAGCAGUACUCCAGUCGCGAUUUGCCAGGCCACACGAAACUGAAAUACAGGGAGACGGGCCAGGGCACCAGCGAGGAGAACCGCAACCGCGACUUCCGCAAGGAGCUGGAGGAGCGGGAACGUGACGCGCGUUCCGGAACGGGAGCCACUUCGUCGUCGUCGGGCAAGGCACUGCCCUCCAUUGUGCGCAAGGCGAUUGAGGCGAACAACGCCGGCGGUGGCAGCAGUGCCGCAAAGCGUGCCAAGCCGGACGCAGGGCAGCAGCAAACGCAGCAGGCGGCGCAGCAGCAGGCCGCCAAUAUGGACGCCGAUGAGCCGCUGGACAACGAUAGCUCCGAUUCGGACAGCGAUUCCGAUGACGAUGAUGCCGCCCUGCUGGCCGAGCUGCAGAAGAUCAAGCAGGAACGCCUGCAGGAGACGGCGCGUCGCGAGUCGGAGAAGAAGCAGGAGGACGAACGCAUACGAAUGGAGAACAUCCUGUCCGGCAAUCCGCUGAUGAACUAUGAGCCCGGGACCGCCGCCUCGGCAGCGGGACGCGCCUCUGGACUGGGCGGCGAUCUAAAGAUCAAGCGCCGCUGGGACGAUGAUGUGGUCUUCAAGAAUUGCGCCAGAUCUGCGCCCGAUAAGAAGACGCACUUCGUCAAUGACGCCCUGCGCUCCGAUUUCCACAAGAAGUUCAUGGACAAGUACAUUAAGUAGGCAGCAUCUGGGACUUGCUUUUAAGUUUCAGCCGCUCUUUUUGUGUAAUAGUUUAAGUAAAAAAAUUGUCAACCCUCUUUGUCCUUCCGCCCCUCCCCCGCAAUCUGUUCAUUAAAAUUCGCAUUUUGUAAGAUAA